AUUUCCUGUUCUGCGCAGUGGCGUGGAAACAGUGAUGGCGGUGACUGAUAAAUCUACGAAAGAGCGGUUAUUAUCGGUACUGGACGAUUUAGAAGUGUUAUCCAGGGAAUUGAUAGAGAUGCUUGCACUGUCAAGGAGCCAAAAACUCCCCCAAGGAGGCGAGGACACCCAGAUCCUGGAGCUGCUGGUGAAGCGAGACAGAGAGUUCCAGGAGCUGAUGAGGGUGGCACAGGAGCAGGGCAAGGUGCACCAAGAGAUGCACGUCCUGGAGAAGGAUGUGGAGAAGAGAGACUGCGACAUCCAGCAGCUCCAGAAACAGCUGAAGGAGGCUGAACAUAUACUGGCGACUGCUGUAUACCAAGCAAAGGAGAAGCUAAAAUCUAUUCAUAAGGCCAGAAAAGGGAGCAUUUCCUCAGAAGAGAUCAUCAAAUAUGCCCACAGGAUUAGUGCCAGCAAUGCAGUGUGUGCCCCUCUCAACUGGGUACCAGGUGAUCCACGUAGACCUUACCCGACUGACCUGGAGAUGCGCAGUGGAAUGUUGGGUCACAUGAGCAAUCUGCCAACUAAUGGCGUGAACGGACACCUCCCUGGAGAUGCACUGGCUGCUGGGAGAUUGCCGGAUGUGCUUACACCCCAGUACCCCUGGCAAUCGUCCGACGUCUCAGUUGGUAUGCUCCCCCCGCACCAUGGCAACGACUUUGGGCUGGAGCCCCCCGGCCACAACAAAGAGAACGAGGACGACGUGGAAGCCAUGUCUACAGACUCAUCCAGCAGCAGCAGCGACUCGGACUGACUGGCUGAGUGUGUGUCUGUCCAUCAGCCCGCCCACCUGUGUGUAUAUAUCUGAAUCAUCAGCUGACUGUGUGUUGGGAAUUGGACACUCCCAGUACCUCGUAGAGCCAGCAAUCCAUCACACCCAUAACCUAUACGAAAAGCUAGAGUUUGAUCACUCUGACCCUCUCUUUUCCCAGCUUGUUGAUAAAACAUUUGUACUAAAUUAUCUGUCAUCCCCAAUGUAAUACACUAUAUAUACUUUUGAAUGUGGGCACCCCUUCAAAUUAGUGGAUUUGGCUAUUUCAGCCACACCCGUUGCUGACAGGUGUAUAAAAUCGAGCACACAGCCAUGCAAUCUCCAUGGACAAACUUUGUCAGUAGAAGGGCCUUACUAAAGAGCUGCCCCUGUCAACAGUGCUGUUCUCUGGAGUGAUGAAUCUUGCUUUGCCAUCUGGCAGGCCGACAGACUAAUCUGGAUUUGGCGGAGGUCAGGAGAACGCUACCUGCCCGACUGCAUAGUGCCAACUAAAGUUUGGUGGAGGAGGAAUAAUGGUCUGAGGCUGUUUUUCAUGGUUCGGGCUAGGCUUCUUAGUUCCAGUGAAGGGAAAUCUUAACGCUACAAGAUACAAUGACAUUCUAGACGAUUCUGUGCUUCCAACCUUGUGGCAACAGUUUGGGGAAGGCCCUUUCCUGUUUCAGCAUGACAAUGCCCCCAUGUACAAAGCGAGGUCCAUAAAGAAAUGGUUUGUCGAGAUCAGCGUGGAAGAACUUGACUGGUCUGUACAGAGCCCUAAUCUCAACCUCAUUGAACACAUUUGGGAUGAAUUGGAAUGCCGACUACGAGCCAGGCCUAAUCGCCCAAAAUCAGUGCCGACCUCACUAAUGCUCUUGUGGCUAAAUGGAAGCAAGUCCCCGCAGCAAUGUUCCAACAUCUAGUAGAAAGCCUUUCAAGAAGAGUGGAGGCUGUUAUAGCAAAUGGACCUCAUGGACCAACUCCAUAUUAAUGCCCAUGAUUUUGGAAUGAGAUGUUUGAUGAGCAGGUGUCAACAUACUUUUGGUCAUGUAGUGUAUUAGUGUCUGUAAAGUCCACAGUAUGGUUAUGCUGAUUCAGUUCAGGGAAAUGUCUGGUACUACGUAACUGAUAGUGAUAAUACUGUUGUUUUCCUUUCAUUGUCUAUCUGGCUCCCCAUCAUUUGUUUAUUUAGUUUUUUUUUUAGACUGACACUGGGGAAUAGUGUUGAAAAGUACAUGUACCCUUGAAGGGAGUAUAACUGUAUUUGUUUUGUUUUGAAAGAAUGUGUUGCAGAUUGGAACCCAAGUGCUCCUUAACGUCUCUGCUAUUGGUUAAAACGUCUCUCCAGGAGUGGAUUUUGAAUUUGUUCAGCUUGCCCGAGUUCACACUUGCCGGCCAAGGUUCAUCAAGCACACCGUAUAUUCUUUAUAUAGAAAGUCAUUUUUGUUUUGUUUGACUGAUGAGUGUUUGCUCCAUGUGUAAAUAGGUCUGUAUAUACAGUAGGUUUUUCCAAACCGGGUAAAUAAAUACCAAUUUUGAAAA